AUGUUCAAGACAUGGAGGACGAACCGAAUGAACUGGCCGAGGUUUGCUUCGAGAUGUACAAACCUCGAACAGAAAGGACAAGCCGAGGCUCCGAGCUUUUCGGAUGGGAGCUCCUUGAUCGCUUCAACAAAGAAAAGUGAGCCAUAUACAAACGGGACACUGACUUGUUGCUUGCGUUUCAAAAGGACUCACAUUCAAGGGACUCAAAGGUGGAAGGACUUGCUCUCAGACCUCGUGAUCCUCUUCAACGGCGAGUCCAUGAUGAACCUCGACCCCUACGUGGAUGGCUUGAGGGCGGCUCAACGCGAGCAUCCGGACAUAUCCCGGAUCAUGGUCACUGGGCACUCCCUCGGAGGUACCAUGGCCUGGGCCGUGGCGACGCGUCUUAAGGACCUGGGACAUGCAGACGUCUCCGGCCACGUGUUCAACCCUGGUUCGACCUGGGAUAUGGACAAGUACUUCACAGAGGAGCGGCUCAGCGAAGUCGUGGCCCACCAUGUGGUCUGCGACCCGUUGUCUGCAGGCUGGUCAAAAACAGAGGAGAUGAUCAGCUACAAGCCACUGCUCAAGAACACGCACUCACUCCAGAAUUCCCUGGAAACGCCCAGUCGCAUGGGCCCCGAGCGCUGGAAGCAUCCAGAAAACGUCGUGGGGACGAGGCAGUGGUACCAAGCCAACAACCUGAGUUACAAGAGGGGCGCUCGGGAUGCCGGCCGAGGAGAUUGGGUCCACUGCGGCACGGGGGCGGUCCAGGGUGAGCUGAAGAAGAAAAGCGUCCCGCGUUGGCCGGCUACGAAAGUCAAGGAGAAAGCCAAGAAGUCGAGUUCCUUCACUUCCAAGGUUUCCCUCUUCCUCAGCAAAGAUGUGCAGCGUUCGGCUGAAAGCCUUCUCAGCCUUAGUGGCAGCCAGAGCUUGCCCAGCAUAGUCCUCGGACAAGUACCGUACCCUCCAACACCAGCCUUCGUGCGGGACAUGAUGCGGCGCUGGUGUGAAGAAGAUGCCGCACGCGAGGAGAGAGAGCGUCAGGAGGCCGAGGAAGCUGCUCGUCUUCUUGAGGAGAUCAACAAUCAGUAG